GUCUAUAACUCGGAGCCGUUGGGUUGGUUCCUGCUAUUCCGGCGCCUCCACUCCGUCCUCUGCGGGUCUCUUCUGUGUGCAAUGGACGGCAUUGUCCCAGACAUAGCAGUUGGUACAAAGCGGGGAUCUGACGAGCUCUUCUCUGCCUGCGUCACUAACGGACCCUUUAUCAUGAGCAGCAACUCAGCUUCUGCAGCAAACGGAAAUGAUAGCAAGAAGUUCAAAGGUGACAACAGAAGUACAGGUGUCCCCUCCAGAGUGAUCCACAUUCGGAAGCUUCCCAGCGAUGUCACCGAGGGCGAGGUCAUUUCCCUGGGGCUGCCCUUUGGGAAGGUCACAAACCUCCUGAUGCUGAAAGGGAAAAACCAGGCUUUUAUUGAGAUGAACACAGAGGAGGCAGCCAACACCAUGGUGAACUACUACACCUCAGUGACACCUGUGCUUCGUGGCCAGCCCAUCUACAUCCAGUUCUCCAACCACAAGGAGCUUAAGACCGACAGCUCACCUAACCAGGCACGGGCCCAGGCAGCCUUGCAGGCCGUGAACUCGGUUCAGUCAGGGAACCUGUCGCUGGCUGCCUCGGCCGCUGCUGUGGAUGCUGGGAUGGCGAUGGCUGGCCAGAGUCCAGUGCUCAGGAUCAUCGUGGAGAACCUCUUUUACCCAGUCACCCUGGACGUGCUUCAUCAGAUCUUCUCCAAGUUUGGCACAGUUCUGAAAAUCAUCACUUUCACCAAGAACAACCAGUUCCAGGCACUGCUGCAGUAUGCUGAACCUGUGAGCGCCCAGCACGCUAAGCUGUCGCUGGAUGGGCAGAACAUCUACAAUGCUUGCUGCACACUCCGUAUCGACUUUUCUAAGCUUACCAGCCUCAACGUCAAGUACAACAAUGACAAGAGUCGGGACUACACCCGUCCUGACCUACCCUCUGGUGACAGUCAACCGUCUCUGGAUCAAACCAUGGCAGCGGCUUUUGGUGCACCUGGUAUAAUGUCAGCCUCUCCGUAUGCAGGAGCUGGUUUCCCUCCCACCUUUGCCAUUCCUCAAGCUGCAGGCCUUUCUGUUCCCAAUGUGCAUGGGGCCCUGGCCCCUCUGGCCAUCCCAUCAGCAGCGGCGGCAGCGGCAGCAGCUGGCCGGAUCGCCAUUCCAGGCCUAGCAGGGGCUGGGAAUUCUGUUCUGCUGGUCAGCAACCUUAACCCUGAGAGAGUCACACCCCAAAGCCUCUUUAUUCUUUUCGGCGUGUAUGGUGAUGUGCAGCGGGUGAAGAUUUUGUUCAACAAGAAGGAGAAUGCCUUGGUGCAGAUGGCGGAUGGGAGCCAGGCCCAGCUGGCCAUGAGCCAUCUCAACGGGCAUAAGCUGCACGGAAAGCCAGUGCGCAUCACUCUUUCUAAGCACCAAAAUGUGCAGCUGCCCCGCGAGGGCCAGGAGGACCAGGGCCUCACCAAGGACUAUGGGAACUCACCCCUGCACCGCUUCAAGAAGCCAGGCUCCAAGAACUUUCAGAACAUCUUCCCACCCUCAGCCACCCUGCACCUUUCCAACAUCCCGCCCUCCAUAUCCGAGGAUGAUCUCAAGAUCCUCUUCUCCAGCAACGGUGGAAUUGUCAAAGGGUUCAAGUUCUUCCAGAAGGACCGCAAGAUGGCACUGAUCCAGAUGGGUUCAGUUGAGGAGGCCAUCCAGGCACUCAUCGACCUGCACAACCACGACCUGGGCGAGAACCACCACCUGCGAGUGUCCUUCUCCAAGUCUACUAUCUAGGCCCCACCACCAGGACCAGCCUGCCGUGUAAUCCCGGCAUCAACUUCCAUCAUUCCAGAAAAUAGCCACUUUAAAGCAGCUGAAGUGACCUUAAAAGACCAGAGAUUUUAUUUUUUUAAAGAGAAAAUCAGUUUACCUGUUUUUUAAAAAAUUAAAUCUAAUUUACCUUGCUCACCUUGGGGAGAUGGGG